AUGUCUUCCUCUUCGCCCGUCGCCCAUGCUUCGCCCCACCUUCGAAAGCCGCUCGACACCCAAAGGGGAACUGGCGGCGAUAUGUCUAUGAUGUUCUUCGCCCAACCAGACUGCCCCUCUAGAUUUGCUCACCAGGAUCAGCAUCGCAUCAAGGGCCUCAAUGCCGAAACGCUCGCCCGCAUCUUCUUGCCUCCCCCCUCGUGGUUGUUGGCUGCGGAAUAUGCGCCCUUGCGGUCCGACGUUGACGGCUCGUCAACAUCCAUCUUCUUCAGUCUCAAUCUCUCGAUUUACAAUCAACCUAUUGUUGCCUCAGAAUGGAUCGAAGAGUGGUUCUUCAUGAAUGGCCGCGUCCACCCGUACGCACUUGCGUGGGAGGUUGAGCAGCAUGACGGUUUAGAAUCGGAUGCAGACUGCACCCUUCUCUACACGAUGCCUGCCCUCAUCGUCCGUGAUCAAGGCUAUCAGCCCGUGCUUCCCAGGCUCUUCGCCUCCAUGGACAGCUUCCCCUGUGUCCCGCCCAUCGUUUCCUUCGCUGGCCCUGUCACCGGCCCUGGUCACUCCUUGCUGCGACAGGACCUCCUCCCAGGUCUGGACGCCACCCAACUGAAGUGCUGCGGCUUCAUCCAGCUUUCCACUUAUCUUGGUCCUGGGAACCCCCACAAGCCUCCAUUCAGAGGCUUCCACCCUUUCCAGGUCUUCGUCAUCUUUCCCAUUCACACGAAUCCCUGGGCCAUCCUGUGCAAGAAAAUGACCGAGAGGCGAGAUUCCCAGUUCCAGCCUAACGCCCAAUUCACCUGCACAGGGAAAGUCGCUGGCCUGCUUGAUCAUCGCGUUAUGGUCCAUCCGCCAGGGUUCCAAAGAGACAAUGUCUUUAUUGUCGUUCCCGAUUCCUGGACUUUUCUCGACAAGACCACCACCCCCACAACUCAACCGGUCUUGCCUCUCUCAGCGCCACCAAAACGACAAGCAUCCUCAGCUACCUCUUCUUUCCAGGAUAUACGCGCUGCCUGCUAUUCACUGGCUACACCUAGCCCUCUUCCACCAAGUCCUCCAACUUCAUCCUCAGGCCAGCCCGAUACACCACCGCUAAAGCGGCACUAUCCUGACCAUGCCCAGACGCCAACAAAGAGGCAGCGUGUGCUGCAGCCGGCCCCAGCCCUUUCCUCUACGCCUGACAGUUGCAGCACUGUCACUCAACCUUUCCCUGCCUCAGCCUCAACGUCUUCCUCUAGCGAGCCAAACACUACUAGGCAGGGUCCUGCCUCGGUGAACCUUUCGACGCCUGCCCUUGAUUCAAUCGUCGCUUCACCAUCAGACUCGCCAAACCGGCCACAUCGAAGCCGCCAACCUACCAAAAGAAUUCUAGAAAAGGAAUAUAACAACAUGAACAAUAAUCAGCUGCAAUACUCUCAGGUGGAAAAUAAACCAAAACCAAAUUAG